AUGUCCGCUCGAGAUUCAAGUCCACAACGUGAAACAUCUGGUUCUCAAAUUACGGAUACAGCUAAAGAUUAUGGUACAAAAGCCUACGAAACGGCUACCAGAAUUGGUUACAGUUAUUGGGAACGUGGUAGUCACUAUAUAGGACCAAUCUUACAACCAAUGAUAAACUCUGUUAAAUACUUAUGGGCUAAUUUUCCUCCCGUACGUUGGCUAACGUAUACUUUAUGCGCGUUCAACAGUAUCCCUCUUGCUUUAUUUGUCGCAUGGGCUGUCUUAACUUUUGGAUUUGUCUCUGCCUUGGCGGGCGUUGGAAUUGUAGUCGCUCAAGGAUUCUUUACUUUUGUGGGUUUGGCGAUCUUUCUUCCGGUGGCAGGUGUUAUGUUGUUAAUUGCUUUUAUUGCUGCGAGUUUUGCUACACUUGCGUGGGCUGGGUAUGAGACCGCAAGUUUUGGGUUGCAUCGAUUAGGUUUUGUUAAUGAUAGAAAUUUAAUUGGGUAUGGACAAGCUAAAGCAAUCGGCAAUCGUGGGGUUCUUGAUAAUCAAAGUGAAACUCA